AUGGGUUUGCACCAUUGUAUGAGUGAUGCAACGGUUUGGAUGACUGCUGACGAUUUUGAAACCUGGGACUGGACAUGUGGGCUUGUCUUGAGAAGUGACAAAACGUCUGUAAGAGAUUUAAUUGAGAGGUUGGUCACUGUCUUCAGUGCCAUUGAUCCUAAAGUACCAAUCACCCUUGAUAAUGAUGAAUAUGCAGCGAAUCAGACCAGUGAGCCAGACUGCUCCAGUGAUUCAAUGUCUAAUGGCAGUAAUCAAUCUGAGAUUAGAUCAGAUGACAGAAAGGAUGUAAGACCCAGACAGAAUGAAUGCAGUGGAAAGACUAGCCCUGCUGAUGAAUGUGAUGGAGAAUCCUUGAAAACUCUAUCAUCAGUUGCCUUCAGGUCGGGAGCAUCAGCAGCUACCAAUGGGUUCCUUUCAGGUUCUAGCAUUGGUGAUCUUGGAUCCGAGUCUAAGGGGUUUUCAGGAGCAGUCAGUGAGAAAGAUAUCUUGAGAAUGAUACAAACAGAACGCAAAAAGUCAGAGAGAGACCUGGAAAGGAUAAAGAAGGAUACCAUGGAUGCACUGAAGAUAUCAGAGCCAUUGAAGAAUAUGCCUAAAGCUUUUGCAGCCAUCGCUGACAAGCAGGAGGUUUUUGAAUCGGUCUUGGCCACAUUUAACAAAGAUGUCAUGAGGGUUCACAGUAGAUUAGACAAGCUAAAUCUAUCACCUAGCUUAAUGAAUCAAGGAAUAAGUGAGAAGCUACAGAAGAAAUCCCAAGAGCUUGAGCGUGCUCUUUUAUCGCUUCGACAGGAUGGAACGAAAGUAGAAGAGCGAUUGCUGAGAUUUGAGACCUCUUAUAGUGGAGUCUAUCUUUGGCCAAUCCCAAAUUACUCAGAGAGGAAGAGAGAUGCCAUGAAUACAAACAUCAAAUCAAUCUAUUCACCACCCUUCUUCACAAGUCAGUAUGGUUAUAAGUUAUGUGGACGAGUGUUCCUGAUGGGAGAUGGGGUUGGAAAAGGUACACACAUCUCACUGUUUCUCACGAUUAUGAGAGGCCCGCAUGAUUCAGUGUUGCCCUGGCCAUUCAAAGAAAGAAUCACUUUCCAAUUAGUCAACCAAGAUGACCCGAUUAACAAGAGUAUCGUAGAGGCCUUCAGACCAGAUCCUGCAAGUUCUUCAUUCAAGAAACCAACAACGGAGAAGAACAUCGGAGCAGGAUGCCCAUUGUUUGCCAAGAUCCAGAUGAUUGAAGAUCCUAAGUCAGGAUUUGUCAGAGACAACACCAUCUACUUGAAGAUCAUUUCUCAAACAUCAGAUGUCCCUGAGAUCAAGUAAAGCCAGAAGCAGUUUGAAGUAACAGAUCCCGUUGAAAUAAGAACAGAAAGUCAAAAAGGGGGCCUAAGCUUUCGAUCCUAGCAGAAUCUUCGUCGGAGGCAAAAUGACAAACAUAUAAAGUGGAACAACCAUAAUAUAGACCACAAACAAGCUACAGCAACACUAGAAACAAGGAGACAAAAGGGGCAUUAGUGAGUAGAGAAGACCAAUCAGGUUAGUGAAUGAAAGAAAGGGGAUGAAAGAAAAGGAGUAGGCAGACACAAAGGGAAGUUAGUGUAAGUAAGGCCAGUAAAAGACCUCAAGCCAAGAGGGAUUAAAAUAAUGAGGCAGGCAACAUCAAACAGGAUCUGGAACAAAACAGUGAUAAUGGGAUGAAAAACAAGAGAAUUAGUGAGAGGUGGGUCAAACAGGUUACAAAGAAAGGCUUAAUAAACUGGUGCAUAAGAGUGGGGGGAAAAAAGAAAAAGAAUGGGGAACAACUGAUAAUGUGCAAAAGACAUAUAAGUAUAUAUGAUAAAGCAUUAAACAAACUAAGAGAAGAAUGUAAGUGUAAAUAUGUAUCUAUAAGUGAUAUGUAUAUAAAUAUAUCCAAAAAAGAAAUGUAUAUGAAAAAAAAAAUAUAAAUACACAUAUGGUGUAACUGAUAUUGUAAUCCGCUAGGUGUGACGGGAAAAAAACAUAAGACUAUAUAGUAGGGGAAAAAAAAAAAAAAAAAAAAAAAAAAAAAAAAAAAAAAAAAAAAAAAAAAAAAAAAAAAAAAACCUGUAUAUGUGAAAAAGAGGGAGCAAAUUGCCUAAAAAGGUAAAAGCAAAUAUAGAAGAGAGGGGGUGUAUUAUGAAGAAACCAUAGUAUACAUGUAAAUAAGCAAAUGUGGUAAAUCUAAAAGAGGUGAGUGGAGAAAAAACAUAUAUAUAUAUAUAUAUAUAUAUAUAUAUAUAUAUAUAUAUAUAAUAAUUAUUAUAUCGCCUGAAUAAGGAAGGAAAAAUUGGAGCUACGCUUCUAUGAGAUAUGGGAGGAAAGUGGAGUAAGAAACUAUAAUGUAACUAUUCAAAAGAGCUGAGGGGAAAAAAUUAUAUGUAUAUAUAAAUUGAAAGUGGAUAGGAAAGAAAAAUCAGUCGUUCCCCUCUUGGAUGUUCAGGCCAUGAGGUUGGGUGGUGCGCAGUCGUCUCAUCCAGAGCUUCUCCCUGCUAGUACGGACUGAGUCAGGACGGGUACCUAAAGAUUCGAUGCCCUGUAGCAUCAUGUCAGUGAUGGAGUGGUUGGGGAGGUUAAAAUGGCGGCCAACUGGAGUGUCCAGCUUUGCUGUGUUGACGGUGGAUCUGUGCCCGUAGAAUCGUUUCUUGAGUGUGGUCUUGGUUUCCCCUAUGUAUUGUACCCUACAAACUCUGCAAGUGAUGAGAUAUACAACAUUAGUGGUAGUGCAUGUGAUGUUGCCCUUGAUUUGGUGAGACAGGCUAGUAGAGUUGCUGGUGAAAGUAUCGCCCUCGUGAAGGUGUAUUUCACAUAUGAUGCACCUGUUGCUGGUGCAUUUGAAGGUGCCAUGCUGUAUGGGAGAAGAAUGGUUAGUGAGGGAGGGCACUUCAGCACGAACAAUGAGGUCCCUGAGAUUCGGUGGGCGUCGGUAUGCUAGAAGGGGAGUAUCGGGAACGGCCUGUUGGAGACGAUCAGAAGUGUGUAAAAUGUGGUGGUUAUCAAACAGGAUUUUGCGGAGAGGGGGUAGGUUGGGAUGGAAGGUGGUCACAAGCGGUAUUCUGUCGGUGGUCUCCUUGUCACUUAAAUAAGAACAGCCUACAAAACUGCCUGGGCUUCUUUUACUUUUUGUGAAUUAAGCCUGGUGGAGACCCCAGCAGUUGCGUUCGCGGCGCGGUCUCUGUUAUGUCUAACUUAAUGGAAAGGAAAUAAAUAGCCUCUAAUAAUAGGGAACUAGAAAAAAAAGUAAGACCUACGUGUGGCCCCUUGAAACAUACAUAGGAUUAAUGAUCAAGACCUACAUACGAAAUACCGGUAGUUGAAAAUUGAUUGUUAGGAAUUUUAUAAUAUGCCCCAGUGCAAGUUUGUCUAUUAAACUAUGAAUGACAGUAAAAGUACAAUCAACAGUGCUUGUCAAACACUUAGUUUAUAAUCAGAGAAAAAAAAGCACACUAUGAUUUUGCAAAUUAUAGAACACAUGGGUUCAUAUGUAUUUCCAUAUAUUGUAAGCAUAUGUUCAUAUAUAAAUAUAUAUAUGCAUACUCAUUUAGCUCACACAUAUCAUGUGGUGUACUCCGUCAUAACCCAUUUUAUAGCCUUGAUUAUCCUGUCAUAUACGGUGUAUAUAUAUAUAUAUAUAUAUACACGUUUGAUCCAUUGAUAUAUCAUUUAUUUAGAUUAAAGGAGUACUCCAGGCUGUAAGUGAAAUGAUUUGAACAGAUCAGACUCAACAAAACAAUAGAAAUUUCGUACAAACCAGAAAAGAAAUAAAAAUAAAAAACAUUAUUGGAGAGUUCUUUGCAUGUCUUCAUGAAUUUGCAGUGAAAGAGCUGAUGUAUCUGUUACCUUUUUAAUUUUGUUAAAGAUUUUUAUUAAAUCUGACUGCAUGCAUAAAACUGAUUUCAGAAAAUGUUGGAAUGCCAUUAUUAAUUAACUUCAUAAUUUUCCUGAUUUUUUUUUCAUAAUUAUAUUUUACUUAUAAAAAUGUAAACCUGUUUGCCCAAAUUUAUUUUAAAAAAGUACUCUCAAUUGAAACUAUGGUUUAGCAGAGUCUUUGUAGGCCUGAUUAAUGCUCUUGACUUAAUUCAGCUUGUACAUUGAGAAAACAACACACUUUAAAUUGUUUAAGGGUGGUAAAUUCACACUUGAUUCAAUGGUGUUAGACCUUUGUUUAUUGAAAUGAAUCCAGUUUAUAAUUGGUCUUAAAUCACUGUUGCAUUGUACAUAUUUGAGAAUUAAGCAACUUUGAAAAUGUGCACAUUUAUAAUGGGACAUCAAUUUACAAAUAACACUAAUUUAUUCACACCAUGAAAAAUUAUUUUUAAGACCACCCUGUGAAAAAUGGCCAAUUGCAUAAUUUUCAGUCAAUUCCUUUUCAUUAAGUUAAGCAACUAAACUCUGCUUGAAAACCAUCCUGGCUAACAUGGUCCAAAUUCCAAAUUCG